CGUCGCACAUUGCGCAACAGAAAGCGCGUGCGGCCGCCUCCUCCUCGCACACGUAUUCUGACCAGACCACAGUCAGACCGGCUAUUCAUUCCUCCAGCACUUGCUGAAGCCCCGGCAUUUCUCCCCCCGACCCUCCACCGCAGCACGGACAGCAGCGAUGUUUUCCUGCAGAGCGGCCUGGCUAAAGUGUGGCCCUUUGGCACGGAAAGCAGCCUACCGGCUGCCCCGGGACGUUGUACAGCGGCGACCGAUGUCAUCAAUUCCUGGUGGUUCUGGGGAGAAUAUCGUCUACGCUCUAAUGUGUGGAGGAGUCUUUGUUGGCUCGGUGGCAUACGCAUACAACACCCUGAGCACAGACGGAGCCAGGUUCAACGACCGCAUCUCUGAAAUCAAUGCCAGACCCAAGACAGAGUGGGUGCCUAAACCAUGGCCCCCCAAGAGCAGGGACGAGGAAGAGGCUGGAGAGGAGGAAGUGGCAGCUGGAGAGGAGGAAGUGGCAGCUGAGGAGGCCGGCGAAGAGGAGGCUGCCGCUGAUGGCGAAGGAGAGAUCGUGGCCGAGGUUGCAGAGGUCGUUGCUGAGGCGGCGGAGGAGGUCGCCGAGGCGGCAGAGGAAGUUACAGAGGUCGCUCGUGAAGUGGAGGCGGUCGCGGAAGAGGUGGCUAAGGCGGCCGAAGCCGCCCCCCAAGCCGCCGCAGAACUAGCCGCCGAGGAGCCCGACAGCAACGUGCCGCUGGCUGCUGCUUCUGCUCUAGAAGUACCAAAGAUCGUUGAAGUGACGGAAGAGUUAGCCGCAGCCAUUCAGGACAUCGAUAAGUCCCUUGCACCAGUUGAGGAGGCUACCAAGCCAGCAGAAGAGUCCCCAGCACCAGUAGAGCCUGCACCAGUUGUCGAAGAGGCCACUUUAGAGCCUGCACCAGUUGAAGACGCCCCAGCACCAGUAGAGGUUGCACCAGUUGAAGAGGCCCCAGCACCAGUGGAGGUUGUUGAUGAGUCCCCAGUAGAGGCUGCACCAGUUGAAGAGGCCCCAGCACCAGUAGAGGUUGUUGAAGAGGCCCCAGUAGAGGCUGCACCAGUUGAAGAGGCCCCAGCACCAGUAGAGGUUGUUGAAGAGGCCCCAGUAGAGGCUGCACCAUUUGAAGAGGCCCCAGCACCAGUAGAGGUUGUUGAAGAGGCCCCAGUAGAGCAGCUUGCACCAGUUGUUGAAGAGGCCCCAGCACCAGUAGAGGCUGCACCAGUUGUUGAGGAAGUCUUGGUACCAUCUGAACCUGAAGUUACCACAGCACUUGCUGAAGAACCAGUCACCACCGCAGUUGAUGAAGAGGCUCUGGCAACCAUCGCUGCAGAAGUAGCGACCCCUCUGGUGGUUGAAGAAGCGGCUACUGAAACCCUUGCCGAAGCUCCGAAGAGAGAGUACAUUGUUGUGGUCCUGGAAGGAACACCUAAAGCUGAUAAGUCACCCAAGGUGCUUGGAGUGGAGUCCAUGACUGGUAGAAUCAUCCCAACUCCAGACGACGACGUCUCUGCUUCUGAGGGUAGGCGACGCCUUCUUAGGAUGCAAAUGCAGUAGUUCCAAAUGAGUAAGCAGCUUCCUGGAUGAUGACUUUCUUUCCUGCAGAAGAGGAUGGACGUGCCUUUUUUCCAACUCUUUCCCUUCCUUUUUAACCAAAAGAAACCCAAACUGACUAACACAUAGUUCCUGUGUAAAUACGCACAUACUGCACAGUGUUCAAUGCCCACUUUGUUGAGCCAUUAAACCGGCAUGUGAGCCCAUUACUGUGCCCCGCCACACCAACCUGCAUAUCUUGAAUCUGUAGUAGAUGACCCCAGUCAGUAGGUGAACACAUCUCUGGUACAGUAUAUCUCUUAGUAGCCUAAAUAGCAGUUUGUGUCACUUCAAUUGAGCCAUUCAGUCACCGUCAGUGUUUACUCUCUCAAAACAAACUUGUAGUUUUAGACGUAUUAGGGUUGAAGGGGUGUUUACUUCAUCAGCAUUCUUUACAAUACCAGCGCUCAGGAUUUUUCUUCUGCUUCUUGGUUUGAACAGCUGGAAAACACCUGCUGCACUGUUGUUAUGAAGAAACACCUGGAGCACAGCAGCCCCUUUGUACAGAAUCUACCUCACCGAUCCUUGUGUUUUCACUCCUUAAUAAUGAAACUACCGACCUCUUCUCAUGCAGUCACACAAAGGUUACACUUCCCAAGCCAACAACACCAUUGCUAAGCCUCCGACUUCGAUAAGCACAUCAUUUCUUUAUUUCAAAAGCUGUCAUUGGAUAAUCCAAACUCCUCUUGUAAAGCUCAAUGCUACAGGCGUCUGUAGGAUGAGCACACCAAGCUUUUCUCUCCAGCGGGCCCUGAAACAUGGAGGGGAAACUGCUGCUGCUCUCAAAAUUGGUUACGUCACAUUUUGUGUUCUUCCCCUUGAUGGCUGCUUGAAGACACCAGUUGUGACCUCCGGGAUUUUGGGGAAUGUGGCCAUGAAACAAACCUACAAGUUUGAAAGCAGCAGAUAUUGAGUUUCCUUUAGCGGACGUUGUUACUCAAUUUUGUAGAUUGUACAUGAUUAUACAAUGAAUGUAUGAAAUAUAUUGGACAUUUUCCUGAUAUUACAUUGCAAUGACUUUACACUUAGCCUAAACCCUGUUUCUCCUUGUCAGUCAUUCAUCUCUACUCACUGAGUAGCCCUGUUAAUCUAGCUCGUGGGUUAGGGAAGACGAUGAGCAGAAUCAUGUUCUUCCACCCGUGGCUAUUAUUGUUCUAGCAGUCAGAACUGUGUUGUGUGGUCUAAAGUUUUCACAGCAGAUAUGAACCGUAAUGUUUUCAGAUAUGCGACAUCAAAUGCACGUGUAUGUGUCCGAGGUCAAGGGUCCCGUGUGAAAUGCUUUGACGGCUCCUGUUGCCGUCUUUUCUCUUGUGUCAGCAGUAUUUGAAAUGAAGUUACUGAGGGAAGAUUUGAAACUCGUGUGCAUUUCUGUAAUGCAAAUGGGAUCAGAAAAUGACACUUGUCAGUCUUUGUUGCUCGCAGGCAGGUUUUUGUAGUAGGACGAUGCCUUUGACUUAGCAAAGGAACUGAACUGAAACUGUGAAUCUUUCCCAUAAUACAGUUUUUCUUGUUUUUUGCUAAAUAAAGUGGGACUAAACAUGA